GUGCAGCAGCCAUGUUUGACCGCCUCCACCUCCUGUGCCCCGUCCUCCUGUUCCUCCCCCUGGUCAUCCCUGUCCGAGCCCCCCGGAAGUGCCUCUCCUGCCCCCUGCCGCCGCUGCUGUGACGACCUGGAGCCACAGGAGGGCCCCCCAGCCGCUCAGACGGGGGACCAAAAGAGUGGCCUGAACCAGAUGCCUGAAGUCCGCACCUUCAUCAACAUGACCAUCCUCAAAGGUGCGCCUGGAUUGUGCCUUUACACCUGCAAUAAACAUAGCUUGAUCCCAGGUCUCUUUGUGGUGUUUUGCCAACUCCUAUGGUGGUUGUCAUGCCAAAGACAAAACAAUUGGCAAAACAGCACAAAGAGAUCUGGGACCAGGCUAUAUUGUACACACUGACUGAAUUCCAUUUGAUUGGAUUAUGAGUAUGUGUAUUCCAAUCCAAGGCUCUACUCAAUUGGACUUCUAAAUACCUAUAGAGUUAGGCCCUGCUCGCGUUUGACACAUUUAAGAGACUUGGUAGGAUUCUAGACAUUAAGAUUGGCUCGGUGUUCAUGUGAUUCACCAGAGGAGAAGGGCUGCCCCUGGACUUAAUGAGGUUGUUGGGUUUCAAACUGACCUUUUCAUUGAAUGCCUUUAAAGUCUAUGGACUGGAGGCUAAAAAGUCUGCUGCUAUUUCAGAACAUUAACCUGGCAUUGAACUUGCUUAUGUGGCAGAAUACAUUACCAAUAACGUAACAGUUUGUGUGUGUGCGUGCGUGCGUGUUUGUGUGCUCACCAGAGAGCGUGACCUGACUCUUGCUUUCCAUGCAGUGGCUUUCCAAAAAUAAAGCAACAGAAAGAAAUAUCCUGUUGAAGAUAAGCAGAAUUCCAGAACCCUAAAUUCUCAUAUACUGAAUGGGCUACAAUUAUGAGAACUCUGGAGUGACUCCAAGUUUACGUAACGUUCCUAUCUGGACUCGAGAAAAUCUGGAGAAAAUCAUAAACAAUCUGUCUACACAAAGUCUUCCAUGAUCCAUGUUAUACUAACUUUAAUCUCAACAUUACCCCAUUUGGACCUUUAGUCUACAUUACUGUGUCAUAGCUCUCCAAUGACUCGUGCUGUAUAUUUUCCAUCUUGCCUCACAGGGGACAAGGGAAACCGCGGGGACAGGGGGACACCUGGGAAGUCUGGUGAGGAAGGCGCUCCUGGAUCCCGAGGGCCAAUGGGCCCCAAAGGAACCAAGGGCCAGGCAGGCCCCCCAGGGGACCCCUGCAAGACCCAGGACGCAGCCUUCUCGGUGGGGCGUCGCAAGUCCCUCCACAGCGUGGACUACUACCAGGCCCUUGUGUUCGACACAGAGUUCGUCAACCUCCACGGCCACUUCGACAUGUUCAAAGGAAAGUUCUACUGCUACGUCCCUGGGAUCUACUUCUUCAACGUCAACAUCCACACCUGGAACUUUAAGGAGACCUACCUGCACAUCAUGAGGAAUGACAAGGAGCAGGCCAUCGUGUACGCCCAGCCCAGCGAAAGGUCCAUCAUGCAGAGCCAGAGCCUUAUGUUGCCCCUUGAGCUCAAUGAUGAGGUGUGGGUCCGGCUGUACAAGAGGGAGAGGGAGAACGCUGUGUAUAGUGACAAUGUGGAUGUUUACAUCACCUUCAACGGAUACCUCAUCAAGCCCACCCUGGAGUGA